AUCGAGGGCAGGCGCAUGCCGAACCGGACGCCACCCGCGCCGCCGCCGCCUGCUGAAGAGUAUGGCGGCCGCUCAUACCGCCGCUGCCACGCGACAAGCGGCGGCGGCGUCAGCGUUAGCGGCGGAGGCGUGUGGCAUCCAGUACUCCGUCCACCACGCGCACCUCGCGGCCCUCCUCAACCCUUCCCCGCGCUCGCCGCCGCUUCCGCUCCCCCUCCGCCGCCGCCACCUCCCGCUCUCGCUACCCGCGGCCUCCCGCCUCGCCGCGUCCUUCCCGCCGCUCCCGCUCCUCGCCUGCCUCCUCCGCGCGGUCCGCCUCCUCCCGUCCCCGCCGCCGCGCCCCUUCGACGCGCUCAUCAGGUCCUACGCCUCCCUCCCCUCCCGUGCCUCCCUCGCCGCCGCGGCGCUCGCGUUCGCCAGGUCGGCCGGGUACGCCCCCUCCGUGCCCACCUACAACGCCGUCCUCCUCGCGCUCUCCGACGCCUCGCUCCCCUCCGCGCGGCGCUUCCUCGGUUCCAUGCUCCGCGACGGCGUGGCGCCCAACGUGUACACAUACAACAUCCUCGUCCGCGCGCUGUGCGGGCGCGGACACCGGGAGGAGGCGCUCAACAUCGUGCGCGACAUGCGUGGAUCGGGGUGCGCGCCCAAUGCUGUGACCUACAACACGCUCGUCGCGGCGUUCUGCAGAGCCGGGGAUGGCGCCACGAGGCUGGUCCGCAUGAUGCGGGAGGACGGCUUGACGCCGAACCUUGUGACCUUCAACUCGGUGGUGAACGGACUUUGCAAAGCUGGGAGGAUGGAUGACGCACGCAAGGUGUUCGAUGAAAUGGUCAGUGAAGGGUUGGCGCCUGAUGGGGUCAGUUACAACACAUUGGUGGCUGGGUAUUGCAAGGAAGGGUGCUUGCAGGAGGCAUUAUCUGUUUUUGCAGAGAUGAUGCAGAAAGGAGUCUCGCCAGAUGUGGUCACAUUUACAUCGCUGAUCCAUGCGAUGUGCAGGGCUGGGAACUUGGAGCGGGCAGUGGAAUUGUUGAGGCAGAUGAGAGAGAGGGGCAUCCGGAUGAACGAGAUCACAUUCACAGCCCUUAUUGACGGGUUCUGCAAGAAGGGAUUCUUGGAUGAUGCAUUGCUUGCACUGAAGGAGAUGAGGGAAUGCGGGAUACAACCUUCGUUGGUGUGUUACAAUGCGCUUAUAAAUGGCUAUUGCAUUGUAGGAAGAAUGGAUGAGGCAAGAGAAUUGGUACGUGAAAUGGAGGCUAAAGGAGUGAAACCUGACGUUGUGACAUACAGUACAAUUCUCAGUGCAUACUGUAAGAGUGGCGAUACAGAUUCAGCAUUCCAAGUGAAUAAAAAAAUGCUUGAAAAGGGUGUGUUUCCAGAUGCAAUCACCUACUCAUCACUCAUAAGGGGUCUUUGUGAGGAGAAAAGACUAAAUGAUGCGAAUGCGCUCUUUGAGAAUAUGGUUAAACUUGGCAUACAACCUGAUGAAUUUACGUAUACAUCACUUAUUGAUGGCCACUGCAAGGAGGGGAAUGUGGAGAAGGCUCUUUCCCUGCAUGAUGAGAUGAUAAAGAUAGGAGUUAUCCCUGAUGUUGUGACGUACAGUGUGCUUAUUAAUGGUCUUAGUAAAUCAGCACGUACUAAGGAAGCGCAACGGUUGCUCUUCAAGUUGUAUCACGAAGAUCCAGUUCCAGCUAAUAUUAAGUAUGAUGCCUUGAUGCAUUGUUGUAGAAAAGCUGAGUUCAAGAGUGUGUUGGCUCUCUUGAAGGGAUUUUGCAUGAAAGGUUUAAUGGAUGAAGCUGAUAAAGUAUAUCAAUUCAUGUUGGACAGAAACUGGAAGCUUGAUGGGUCUGUGUAUGGUGUGCUUAUUCAUGGGCAUUGCAGGGGAGGAAAUGUUAUGAAGGCUCUCAGCUUCCAUAAACAAAUGUUGCAGUAUGGUUUUCCUCAAAAUUCAACAAGCACAAUUUCCUUAAUCAGGGGUCUAUUUGAAAAGGGGAUGAUUUUGGAAGCAGAUAAGGUGACUCAGCAGUUGUUGAAUUGUUGUUCCCUAGCUGAUGCCGAAGCAUCAAAGGCUCUCAUUGACCUCAACAUGAAGGAAGGUAAUGUGGAUGCAGUGGUAGAUAUUCUGCAUGACAUGGCAAGGGAUGGACUGCUUCCAAGUCCAAGAUGAGGGUGAUUCAGGAACCACCCUCUCUUUGUGGAAUACUGGAGAUCUGAUGAUAUUGUCUGGAGCACCUUGCAUCUCAUAACUCACAGAGAAUUAGGAUCAGUGUUCUGUGGUAGGAUACUACUCUGCCAUGAGUCGUGAUGUGCUCCAUAUUGAAGAGCUAAAAGAAGUUAUUUGGCCUCAUGCUGCAUGAUUAAGUGAAGAUGAAGAAUUUCAUGCCCAAAAGGAAAACAAAGUUUAGAACAUCUUGGAAAAUCAAAGCAUGUAUCCACCUAUAUCCUCAAUUAGUCAACUUUGAGAAAAGAAGCCAACUGAAAAAUAAUAGUGGAUUUUAUCUGCCAUUGGGAGCAAAGCCCAUAUGUCACCAAACAGGAGAUUAUUGUUAUUUUCUGAGCGAGAAAUUCAUGGAAAAUGAGGAGCAUGAAGAAAAUGAAACAUCUAUGGCAAUUGAAGUAUACAGGCAGUUAGCACUUAUCAGGUACACUUGUCUAAUUCUCUAGCUGUAGAUAUAACUUGUUUCAGAUUUUUUUUCUCUACUCAAUACCAACUAUUUUGUUUGUACCUGUAGCAACUUGGGUAUUAGGUCUUUUCUUACAUAAGCAGAAACCUUUCACUCCAGCUUUACUCUUCCCAUUUUCUCAGUUGCAUCAAAUUUUAUACUGUCAGAUUUCAGCUAGCCUUCCAUGUUCUCUAUGUUCCUCAGCACAUCCGCCUCUCUGUCUGCUAUUUCCUUGGCCUCCUCUGGGGUGAACGGUGGUGGUAGGGUGCAUGGUUCGAAGCUGGCUACAUGCCUCUCCAUAGAGUCCAUCAUGCAGUCCCGGUGUAGGCCCUGGGCGGGGCACGCAAUGGACUCGGUGCAGAUCUCGACGGCCUUCUCCGGGACGGUGGGCUUGUACUGGAGCAGCCUGGCGUACUCAGUGAGCAGGUGGAGCAUGUAGUCAUAGACGUAGUCCAUGCUCAUCUCCUCCCUCACAAACCGGCUGCCCUGCUCACCGAUGAGCUGCGCCUGUGUCGGGUGCUCGUUGCCCCAGUCAACCGCAAACUUGAUGGACUUGCAGACGUGCUCCCGGUUGAUGGGCCAGUAGUGCUUGCCGGCGAUGAGCCCCCUAGACAGGAUGUCUUGGAAGGGCGUCGUGAUGAACAGCACCGGUGAAUCGCACGCCAGUAUGUACUUCUCGCUCACUGACCAUGCGUUUCCCUCCACGUACACCUUGUACCUGCACCAUUGACAAAUUUCGCUCAUUUGUACCUAGGAACGAAUUUCACCAGAAUUUCGCAGGAAACAAUAAGAUUUGUUAUAAUAAAUUCAGCAAGAGUCAUGCACGUUCA